GCGGCGACCCGGAAGCAGCCGUGGGCGUCGGAGCAGGCGGGCGGGACCGAUGCGGAUGUGGCGAGGCUGCUGAACGCAGGUUCCGCGGUAUGGCGGGGACGGCGUUGAAGAGGCUGAUGGCCGAGUAUAAGCAAUUAACCCUGAACCCUCCAGAAGGAAUCGUGGCAGGCCCCAUGAAUGAAGAGAAUUUUUUUGAAUGGGAGGCAUUGAUCAUGGGCCCUGAAGACACUUGCUUUGAGUUUGGUGUUUUUCCUGCCAUCCUGAGUUUCCCACUUGACUACCCCUUGAGUCCUCCGAAGAUGAGGUUCACCUGCGAGAUGUUCCAUCCCAACAUCUAUCCUGACGGCAGAGUCUGCAUCUCCAUCCUGCAUGCCCCAGGUGAUGAUCCCAUGGGCUACGAGAGCAGUGCUGAGCGGUGGAGCCCUGUGCAGAGCGUAGAGAAGAUCCUACUUUCGGUGGUGAGCAUGCUGGCAGAGCCCAAUGAUGAGAGUGGAGCAAAUGUAGAUGCUUCCAAGAUGUGGCGGGAUGACCGUGAGCAGUUCUACAAGAUAGCCAAGCAGAUCGUACAGAAGUCACUAGGGCUCUGAGGCUACACACGUGUGCUCACUGAG